UCAUCUUCAGGUGAUCAAGAUGGCCGCCAUAAGUAAGGUUUUCCGGCUUUCCACUUUUUCACUGGCCGCUGGUGGUAUUUUAAAAUUAUCCAAGGAUAUAACAGAAGAUUCAAAAAAUGGUUCAGUAAACUCAAACCUAGAGCUGGUCUUGGUUCAAAUUGCCUUCCGACAUGGUGCCAGAACGCCAAUUUUUCAGGCGCCUUGUAAAGAGUUAGAGCCGAUGACGUGGAAUGCAGAACUUUUGAUGGGAGCCCUUCCCCACACGAACAUUGAUUACGAGCUUAAACACUUGUCUGGAGGUCCUAAACCCUUCUCUAAAUACGACGAUCGCCAGAUGAAAAAAUUGCUCAAGGUAGUAUAAAGCUUUCUGCUAAUUUGAAGAUGAGUGGCUUUGAAGAUCGAGGCCUAAACUUCAGAAUACCCGGCCACUUUGGUCUGCCUCACUUACAUGUGUCGGGAGGCUUUGAAGAUCGAGGCCUAACACAAUAGACGCUAUUCUUAUUCAAUGACAUGUAAAUGAGUGGCCAGGUAUUCUGCAGUUGCUCUAGAAAUUCCUUGUGAAUCGAGAAAUUUAAUUGCCCUCUUGAAGAAUGCAACUUCAAUGAAAUGCAGUGGCCUUCGAGUUUGUGGGCUGAACUUCAGACCACAGAUCGGAUGGUCCGGGUUUGAAGCCUGACUGGGCCAGUGUGUUUUUGCAGUUGGCACUCCAUUCCGAGUUUCUACGCAAGUAAUCGUAGGCACCUGUAGUAAGUAGUUCAGGCAUGUUGGUUGUACUGUAGUGUUGUUUAGCCGUAGUAUCGAAGUGUAGGAAGCAAUUGUUGGUAGAUGUAGUAAUGUAUAUUUGUUUUAAGCCAAGAAAAGUCUGAAUAAGUACUAAGUCAACUCUUAAGAACAGCUGACAAAAUAUUUAGCCGGGGUAACCCUGCAUUCUGUUGGGGGGGAACAGCAUUACCUAUAGUUCAUAUUCGCUUCAUGCUACUUAGACAAUGUGAAACCCUUCUGGUUCAUCAACUGACUUAAUCAACUGGAGAACGAGGAUCCAUCAUUACAAGGAUUAAAGAAUUAACUGUAACAUGCUAAAAAUGAUCUGUGAUCUAUUGAAAUGCAGCUUAAAAACUGAGUUGCUUAAAUACACAAACUCCAAAGGGUUUUUGUGAUGGUAGUUAGAGUGCUGUUAUUGCUAUCAUUUGGUAUCCAUGUCAUGGCCACCUGACAACUAAUUUGCCAAAAUCUUGUCAGGGUUAUGAAUGGCAGCAUGUGGCUUAUGGCCUGUGACCUGCUUCUCAAAGAGCUGUAGUCUUUAUGGUUGCCAACCUGCCAGCUUGCAGCAAUAGCCAAAGGUCUAAGCAGAGUCCCUUGCAAAGCACCUUUACCUAGCAAAAUGUGGUAAAACCUAUCAACCUGAGAACAUUUGGUAGCAAUGUAAUAGAUGCAAAUGUGUACUAUGGUACAAUAACCACUUGCAUGGAUAAAACCUUUCACUUUCCUAAUUAUAAUCAAUUCCUUAUAACAAAAAUGUUUCAUUUUUCUCCCUUUUUUUAGGGAGGAAGUCCAAUUGGUCAGCUUACUAAAGUAGGUCAGCAACAAAUGUAUGAACUGGGUAAAAAAUGUGGCAAGCUAUACAUAGAUGAUCUUAAAUUUGUACAAGAAACCUGUAAUCCUCAAGAAAUGUUGUGAGUAUAAAUAUUUUGUUGGAUAGAAGUAUUUGACAUUGUUUCUUCCAUGGGUUAAAAAUCAGCUUUAGAGAAUUUUCUCCAUAAACAGGGAAUACAGCACCAAAUAAAUAAUAUCACUUCUAAUUAACCCUUUUUUCGAAGGUAAAAUCAUCAUAACAUCAGUGUGCACAUUCCCCUUACUAUUCUCUAUAGUAUACUCUUGCUAAGGGGCCGAUAACAAGACUUUGUCCAACAAUCAAGAGCUUCUUUUGUUUUGUGAUCAUUUCUUUUAUUCUUGUGACCUAAUGUUUGAGUCAGGAAUGAUAUUGUAAGCUUAAGGUUACUUCCCACCUUCGGAGGCCCAAAAAAUUGAUUUUUCAUAUAUUUGACUAAACUGAAUUCAAACAUUCAGCCUAAUGUUCCAUAAAAAAAUUUCUGAAAUAUUUAAAAGUACCUUUGAUAUUAAGAAAAAUGUAUUUUCAAAUAAAAGUUAAUAAAUCAGGAAGGUGUUAUAAUCUCAGACCUGGGAAAAUCCCAAAUCCAAAUUUUUGCAGCAACUGCUCAUCUCAGGGCUCGUUUUUAUGUUAUUUCCAUAUUUUGUUUACAUCGUGCACUUUACAAAAUUAACACAUGGAAGCUCUCUGUUUGUUUUGGUAAAACAAGAAAAAAAAAACAGGCCCUAAGAAGAAAGAAAGAGUACCAUUCUGUUAAGAAAAGAAAAAAAAUUCCUUUGUGAAAGUGACUAGUAAUGGCAGAACUCCAUGCUAAUGUCCAGACUUCAAACAAAGAAGUUACCAUCAGUCACCAAAGUUUGCCUUACAUAGUGUUAAAAAUGAGGUUUACUUUUCUUUAUGUAAGUGCCAGCCUUGAUACUAAAACAUUAUCAAUGGCCUCGAAUCAUAAUUUUGAAAACUGUGUGUUGAUUCAUUGUCUUGUUCCUCAGCACAUUUUGUGGUUUUUCCAUCUUUACCAUGGGUUUUGCCUUUGCCUCUGGCAACUUUGCUCAUUAUUGUGUCAUGUCAGUGUUUGUGAACCUUUAUGAGCUAAAAUCUUACAUUUAAUUUUGGAAGGAGUACAACCACUUUGAGUGAUUUUAUAGCAAAUGUAGAUUUGGCCGAUUUUUGUCAAAUUUUGCCAAAACUUUCUAGGAAUAAUCAAAAACGAAAGUCUGUCCAGAAAUUUUGAUAUUUGAAAUAUUUGUCCAUGGUGUCCAUUUAGGCAACAUGCCUUGCAUAUUUUUAGCUACUCCAACUUCAGAUGCCAAUAUCUAAAAAACCAAUCACAAUAUCAAAAAAACCUGACACACUUCUGUUUAUUGAUGCCUUGUGAAUAUUAGACUGUGCAGCUAUUUGCUCUUGCUCCUACAUCUGAUACCCAAUAAAUUCAAUAGAAGAACCUUCGGUCAUGUCACGCCUUACCAGCUCCUGACACUUCCUUAAAGGAAAAUUUGCUUAAGUUAUGUUUUUAUCGUAAUCAGCAGUUCUUAAGCUUUCUUCUGAUAUAUAGUUUGCUAGGAUUUUACAAAAACUAACACGCUUGCAAAUUUUUUACCAAAGGAUACCUGUGAAGGUGAGAAGUAACCUUAAGAGAAAUAAGAUGCCAGUCACUCUUAUUGGUGAAAGGGUUGAUUUGUGACUUUUUUUCAGUAUUCGUACAUCCAAUAUACAAAGGACUGUGGAUUCUGCAAGAUGUGUGUUAGCAGGAAUGUUUGGAAAAGAAGGUUUUAAAGGUGAUUUUGAGUCUUUUUGAUUAAUAUCAGCAAUAUUAUGUAUUGAUAUUAAAUUCAUGCAACUUUAUGAACUCAUACUUUUUGUUCUUAUAGUGCAAAGCUCUAUAAAGUGGGCACCUGAAAAAGUCCAUCACAAAUUAUUUUAUUGUUUGUAGUCCUUGACAUACAGUGCUGCUGACUUAAAUUAAAAUUUUCUCUGCAAAACAUAAUGAUUCUGAAUAAUCAUUCAGAAUCAUUGUGUUUUGCAGAAAAAUACUUUACUAACAAGUCCCACAAUGCUUAACCAAUGAUAUACUUGUAGAAACAUUCCUUCCAAAAGGAGUUUAGUAUUAAAUAAUGAAAUGUUGCCAAUGCAUCACAAACUAGAACAAGCUUUUGCAGUAAGGGGUAAAUAAGCAGACAUCUUGAUCUGGAUUCAAGAACUGUUUAUAACAACCUGGCAACUUCAUCUCCCUCUCUUUGUCAAAACAAUGUGACUAUUUUUCUAUUUUGUUACCUAAUUUAUUUGAUGAACCAAACUUGCAGGCCCUGUCACCAUGCACACAGAAGAUGAAGAAAGGGAGAUCUUGUACCCAAAUAUAAAUUACUGCAGAUUUUUAAAGAAUUGGGUUAAAUACACUGUUGCUCAGGGGAAAGAUGCUUUGGAAGGAUUCUAUACCAGGCAGAAACAGAUUGGAGAAGUUUUGAAUUUGAAUUAUGAGGAUUUAAAGCCUGCAGUGUCUGUCCACUUAAGAGAUAUUGUUGUCACUAUGUUGGUGAGUAACUUGCUCAAAAUUCUUGGUAAAAAGUCAAUACUAGCUCAUACUAAAUGAGGUUCUGCAUAAGUGCUAAUGAAAACUUGAAAUGGAAAAGCAUAUAAGAGCUCCAGGGGAAUCUCUACUCUUGCACAGAAAGGUCAAGUGGAUUUAUGACUCCCCCUAUUUGCCAUUUUCUUGCUUUCUUUUCUUUUUUAUAAUUUUCCAUUCUUUUUAAUUCUCUUUUGUCGAGUCAUGUUUAUUUAUUUGUUACUUCUUAAGACUGAAUAACAGUGGAAAUGGUUUGCACCCAUGAUUGUAAUAACAUCCUGUAAGGCAUUUCUCAAGUGUCAUGCAUCUCUUGCACCUUGUUCCCUUCCAAUUGUUUGCACCUUACAAGCAUGCUCAAGUUACCAAUUACAAUAAAGCUGACAAGGCAAAGUUUUUUCAAAAAAAGGGUGAGCCAGUCAAGGACACAUUAAUAAAGGGCUGGCAAAAUGUACUUCACUUCCUCCACACAUUAUUCUUUUAUUGAAUUUUUGGAUCAAUAUCAGUAUCUGGACAACUGCCCACCCACCCCUCCCCUAACCCAACAACAGUCAAUUGACAACAACUUAAGGUUAAUGUUGGGUUAGGGGAGGGGUAGGUGGGCAGUUGCUCAGAUACAGAUAUUGAUCUGAAUUUUCUGUCCUGUUGUCCAAUACCCAAAUUCAAGGAAAUUUCACAAGCUAUGCAUAUGUCAUGGUUGGUUUCUUUUAGGCCCACAACAUGGAAGUCCCUCAGAACAUUCUACAGAAUUUGACGUUAAUAGAAGAACAGGCAGUACAAGUCUUUCUUGUAACACAAUGUGGAAUGGAAAAUAUAAGGUAAACAAUAAAAUUUAGUUUUAAAUCUUGCCAUCUCUAAGUCUAACAUGAGUGCCUUUCUCUCCACAUUUUUGAAUGAAUUAUAACUACCUCCAUUUCCUCAGCAAUAUUUUACUAUUUUUUCAUAGUCUAUUUUCCACUGUUUUGGUGAUGCUGUACAACUCUGUUAGGCUCUUUGCACUUCUCUAAUUAUUUUAGUACAUUUUACUCAUUUUUUUGGUGCACAUGUGAUAUAUUUACAUUUUUUGAUUGGUUGCAAAAGUUAUUGAAAACUAAAAUAGACAGUUUAUAAUCAGAUGAGAGAGAAAUGUAAGCUCUAAUAGCUCAGUUUAUUUUGUCAAGUACACACACUACUUAAAAAUUCUUCAGAAACAAAUUAAAUUGUAUCAAGAAAAUGUACGGCCAUCCUUCAAAUAUGAAAAUGGCUAGUUUUUUGCUUCCCUUAAAAAGAUUAACGCAUUGUUUAGAGUUCUCUUUGAAUGUCAUAAAACCUUAACCAAACUAAUAUAAAUACUGAUUAGAGCAGAGGAAAAAUUUUAACCCUUUCACGCCCCUGUGGUAAUUCUCCAUGCUGUGAAGCCAAAACAGGUAAACUGUCUGAAGCAACGGAAUACACGAGGUAGCAAGGUGCAACUGGUUUUCGUUUUGAAUUUGAUCAGUGAAGAUUUUGCACCCGUUGUAUGAGCCAAUCAAUCCAGGGUUACCUUUGACAUUCAAUUGAUUGUUACAUUGUUUAUUUGAAGUAAUCAGUAUUGUUUAUACUGCUAACUUGUCUUUGACAGGAAGGAGUACCUUUCAGUAGCUAUAGGAGUAUUUUUGGAAGAAAUGACAGACAAUUUUUUUAAAAAAAUUGGUGGGCAAAGGUACAAAUUAUUAUUUUUUUUUUUUACAUAGUUUCAUUAUCAUCCAGAAUUACGUUGUAUAAGAAAUUCUAUGGACAUUUUCCAAUCCUAAAGGCUUGAAAUGCUUUUUAAGCCAGUGAUACAUAUAGUACCUGAGAGAGAAUGUCAAAUUUUUGAGUUUUGUAGAAUAUAAUAAAUUACAUAAUUUAGUAUUAUCAAUUGGGUUGAUAAUAGCAGUUGGCCACUGUAAAGAGAUUUAAAGCAGACGUUUCGAGCGUUAGCCCUUCGUCAGCGAAUGGCAAAGGACUAGCGCUCGAAACGUCAGCUUUAAAACUCUUUACGGUGGCCAAUUUACGGUAUCAACCCAGUUAAUAAUGCUAAAUUAGCCAGUUCUACUCUCCCACCUACCCAGCAUCACAGUUUCUUUAGAAACUUACCCCCUUUAUAGUAAAUUGGAGUUUUAUCGUUACAAUCAGUGCCAGUGUUUGCCGAGCCUUCCGAAGUGAGAGCCUCCUUGUGUGGACCGAUUACUGUUCCUGUGUUUUUGCGGUUUCCCCACCUUAAAUUUUCACUGAAGUCUCAACCUCAUGGGUAUGCACGCGCAGCUGCAAUCCGAUUGCUUUAAAACUAAGAAAAUGUUGUCCUAUCGUGAAUCAAAUUUAAAGAAGACUUUCAUCGCAGUGGGCGUAAGAUUUAAAGAUUGGGUGAUGUCACUUGAGGAGUAUCACUGGGCAUGUUCAGUCAUGUGACGCGUCGAAACUAAUCGCACCCAAGUGAUAAUGCCCUUUAUUUUGUCUAAGCAAGGGUAGUCUUUCUGAUCAUUGGACAGAAUUCACUUCGCGUUAGGCGAAAAAUUGAGAAAUAUGCUAUCCUUUCUUUUUGAUAAGAGAGCACCUCCUUAUAUUUUGGCGUGAUAUGUCUAGGUAAUGACUAGAAAUAAUGUUUUUCUUCUUGAUCCUUCAGUUCGUACAAGAUGAUGUUGUAUUCAGUUCACGAUACAUCUGUAGCAGCGCUUUUGUUAGCACUUGGUAUCUUUGACAACAAAUGGCCUGACUUCGCUGCUGAUCUGACUUUUGAGCUAUACAGAGAUAAGGUAAUGUCAUGUUACUUGUAAAGUCAGUUCAGAAGCUAUAGCAUUUUGUCGCGUAACAUGUGGUAGCUACCGGCAGCAUACAAACGACUUAUUCAUGACAUUAAUCUAACAAACGACCGGAACAGAACGACCUAACCUUCUCAACGUACUUAAAGUCAGCAGUCUCGUGUGGUAUUUGAGUCCUACAUCCAUGAGCAUCUUAGAAAAACUGACCAAUCAGUUUCACAAGCCAAAUUUAAAAUACUGGACAGACAGACAGUUUCUUACUUGACUUUGACAAUGACCAGUUUAUCGAAAUGUCAGUAACUGUCACCUACAAUAGUCCUUUCCAGGAAGUUUCUCACUUCGACGAUCCGAAAAGAAGUUCUACAUGGUUUUACUAACAAAUUCCCUCCCCCUUUCCCCACCCUCCCAAUAGAAAACAAAAUAUAAAUCACCCGCGUUGAUUUUAAACGGUAUAGCUGGUAUAUGAAGAAAAGAAAUGUUAGCGGGUCGUUUGUUCUUAUGAUUUUUCUUCACUUCUUUUUUUCAGGAUAACUCUUACUUUGUGCGAGUGUUAUAUCAAGGAGAGGUGAUUUCUAGUUAAGAUUUAUCAAAAUUAUUUUGGGUUUUGUAUGGUGUAUAGUUGUAUUCCCGAUAGCAAAGAAACCCCAGCAGCAAAUACAGAAACAUUAGGAAAAGAAAAUGCAAAUUCCAGUGCCCACUAGCCAAGCAUAACGGAAUCGAUCACUCCGUAACUUGUUCGUUAAGAACGUCAGUACCAAGCAUGCUACAGAAAGGGAAGCUAAACAUUUCGUAUGUCAGUAGAAUACCUUACUUUCACCAACCCUAAUGUCCGUGUGUGAGUUAUCUUGAAAGACGUUCGAAUUUAGGUGAUAAUCGUUGUGUGCACAAUAAUAACUUACGAGGUGUGUCUUCGUCAUCAGUUCGUUAAUUUACCAAAGUGUUGUUUUGCAUCAGAAUUUAUGUAGUGAAAGUCUACAGGCUAGGCUGCAAAACACGUUAGAGAACACGUUGAUUUGGCGCUGAGUGUAUAAUUUCUAGGAAAUUCGUCGCCCUCUUAUUAGUGGGAAUGUGGUUGAUCACUUUGAAGGUUGCUACUUGCAAGCGACUGGGAUAUGGCACAUUGUUUCUUUUUUCAGCAAGACUGAUUUUUUCAAACUCUAAAGUUUUCUUUCUCUCAACUUUUUAAAGGAAAAAACUCUUCCUGGAUGUUCUAGUCCACUCUGUCCUAUGGAAAAGUAAGCAAUAGAUUAUGAAUGUAUGCAAUUAAUUCACGAAUGUUAAGACUUGAAUUUAACACACGGAGUAGUUUACACCUCCCAGAUAGAAACUGUCGGAGGAUGUAUUCGAUUUAUUAACGAAUGUUAAGCCUUGAAUUUAAUACAGAGGGUAGUUUACACCUCCCAGAUAGAAACUGUCGGAGGAUGUAUUCAAUUUAUUAACGAAUGUUAAGCCUUGAAUUUAAUACAGAGGGUAGUUUACACCUCCCAGAUAGAAACUGUCGGACGGUGUAUCCAAUUUAUUAACGAGUGUUAAGCCUUGAAUUGAAUACAGAGAGUAGUGUACACUUCCUAGAUGGAAACUGUCUGCCGAUGUAUUCAAUUUAUUAACGAAUGUUAAGGCUUGAAUUCAAUACAGAGAGUAGUUUACACCUCCUAGAUAGAAACUGUCUGGCGAUGGUAUUUUAAUCUAUUACGGAGUUUGUGGACAUUUGCAUGCAAAUGACGUGAAGGGAGAUGGACUUCUACCUUUCAACUUAGUCAAGUCAAAUUCGAAGAGUAUUCCAAUCGAAUACUUUUUGGUCUCGUUCUGAUGAAAGUCUGGCAAUUUCCAAAACUGUUGCCUGUUGCAACUUGUAUCCCUCUUUUUACAUGCCGCGAGAUUUUUUUGGAGAUAAGACAACGCCAAUUUUUUUUUGUCUGUGCUGUCAACAUGUCACAAUGCGAAAUUUUAAUUAAAUCUUCGAGGCAGACUUUAUAGAGAAAAUACGAUAUUGUUUUGCCUUUGAAAACUUCGCUUUCAAAAAAUUCCUAAUACGAUUAGUCAGGUUCAAAGGACACCGCCAUAAAAAAAGAAAAAACAAGAAUGCGCUUAGCUUGGGAAAGUAAAUAGUGAAAGAUAUCUCAUUUAAAAACAUUUUACUGACUCCUUCAUCUUUAGAUUGAAACCCGAACAAUGGUUUCCACUGAAAUCUUCCAUCAAUCAUCAAAUUCCGAUUACGAGGAUUAAGUUGAAGAGUAUGUUGUAACCGAACAUUUUGUCUCAUUCUUUAUUUACUUUAGAUUCAAAGAGCUGGUUUCUAAAUACUUCAUAGACAGUUGGGAGGAAAAGUGUCAAGAAGUGAAUGGAAACUAAUCAAUUUCCCGACCUGAAAUGAAUUGUCUGAUUGCGGGAGCAUCGUAAAGCUCCAUGAACGAUCGCGGCGAAUGUUUAUUAAUGAUCGAAGAUGAGUCAUGUAUAUGCCGGGCUGCUGAAACAGUUACUCGUGAAACUAACUUAUCAAGAAAAAAGGAAACCAUUUCUGGGCGCAAAAAUUGCAGGGUGGACGAAGCCACCCAACGACGUAUUUAAUAGCGUGCGUGCGUAUCAUGAAAGGAUUAAGACACUGCAUUCAAAAG